UUGAAAAUGCGAAAAUUUGAUUUCUAACAAAAUAUAAACCUUGAGUGGUAAUUUAGAAUUAUAUCGGUUUAAAAACCCCGAAGUUAGAAAAAAAGCAUAAGUAUUAGAAUCCCCUGUUAUUUCGUUAGUGAAAAGCGAAGAGUUUUAUUUCCAGAUAGUUAGGUUAUGUUUUUUCGAUGAUGUCAGCAUCCUCGUAGCAUCAUUGUAAACACAAAAAUACCAAAAAUCGGAACAAAAAAUUCCUUCUUUUCAGUGAAAUGUAUACCCUACUGCAUGGUUUUUACAAAUAUCUAGUUCAGAGAGACGAAUAUUUUAUACUAAUUUUGGGUCUUGACAAUGCCGGGAAAACUACGUACCUAGAAGCUGCGAAAACAAAAUUUACGACAAAUUAUAAAGGAAUGAACCCUAAUAAAAUUACAACGACUGUCGGAUUAAAUAUUGGCAAAAUUGAUAUCGCUGGAGUGAGACUGAAUUUUUGGGAUCUUGGUGGCCAAGAGGAACUUCAGUCUUUGUGGGAUAAGUAUUAUGCAGAGUCGCAUGCAGUAAUAUAUAUAGUGGAUUCGUCAGACAGGGACAGGAUUCCAGAUUCCAAAGAAACCUUUGAUAGAGUUAUAUCAUCUGAACAGUUGUCAGGGGUCCCUCUCUUAGUUUUAGCAAAUAAACAAGAUGUGCCCGAUUGCAUGGGCGUCCGAGAAGUGAAACCCAUUUUCAACAGAAACGCGCAUCUCAUUGGUCGAAGGGAUUGCAUGGUAAUGCCUCUAUCUGCUCUUAAUGGCGAAGGAGUAGAGGAAGGAAUUCACUGGUUGGUCGAUUGCGUUAAAAGAAACAGCGAUGUUCGACCCCCUCGGAAUCAAGACGACAAUAGCUUAUCUUAAGUCUGGACUCGAAAUAUUCUUUUUUUUUUCUAAGUACUUACAGUAUUAAGUAUUUAAAAAAUAAUUCCACAUUGCUUUGCAAUGAUUCUGUUAAAAAAUGUCCCCAUAAAACUAAUAUUUUAUAGCUCGAUUGAAUUAUUAUCUUGUUUAAAUAAUGCGCGAUUGUAGUUGUUUUAGUAUUAAAUAUUUUUCUAGCCAAA